AUGUCUACGGAAACGUUAGAAAUAUACCGUAAAGCUCUGAACUUCAAUGUUAUAGCGCGUUAUGAUCCCAAGAUCAAACAAUUACUAUUUCACACGCCGCAUGCUACAGUUUACAAAUGGGGUGAUGAUAAAUGGAAUAAACUUGAAUACCAAGGUGUGCUUGCGAUAUAUCUUCGAGAUGUCAGUGAUAAGGACGUGGUACUACCUGAGUUGAGCAGUUAUGAUGAUACUGUGACAGGGCAACAAUCUGAAUCUCAUAUCCCACACGUUUUAACAGGCCAAGAUAUUUAUAACUACGGUUUGAUUAUAAUGAAUAGAAUUAAUCCUGAUAACUUUUCUUUGGCCAUAGCACCAAAUAGCGUUCUAAACAAAAGAAGAUUGUUCGAUCCUGAUAACGAGGAGGUAUUGGAUCCAAUGAAGGUAGAAGUAAGAGAUGACCUCGUUAUGAUUAAAACGCUCAAGAAGGAAGUUUAUGGAAUUUGGGUCCAUACGCCGGAAGACAGACAGAAUAUAUACGAACUUAUCAAAUACUUGUUAGAAAGCGAGCCAAAGGACUCAUUCACAUAG